GUAUCUGAAGGGGUACGCGUACGUGUCGUGCACGCAUAAAUCGAGUGUACUACUAACGCUUAGCAAGAAAAUUAACAAGAAAAUAGUUUACUUAAAAGUAAAUAGAAACGUGUCAUUGCAAACAAGAAUUGCAGUAAUAAUCAAGUUUAACACAGAUCACUGCAUUCUUAAAUGAAUAAUGCCGAAAAAUGUACCUUUCUGGCUAUUGAAUAAAUACCAUUAUUGUCCAUUACGCGAACUGUUGCGGAGUGAGAAGUGAGGCGAAAAGUAAAUACGCGAGUGCGAAAAUGGGCACGAAAUAAGUGUUGUAGUAGCAAGUAACAACAGCAGACGCUGUAAAAUCAAAACUAGCCAGUUAAAUAGCAACAACAUUGCCAAUGAAUUGAAAAUCAAUAACAACAAGAUUCAACUCCUAAUAUCUAUUACAGCAGAUAAUUACGAUUAGAACUAUGGUAAUAAACAACAACAACAACAAAAACGUAAGUGAAAAUAAAUUACAAGGACUAUAAUCAAUUCCUACAUUGCAUACGCACAUAACUAAUGUAUGCCAUACAGUAAAAAAAACUAAACUGAAACAACAAAACAAUCAUCACCAAAAAUAGCAAAAACAACAAAAACAAAACGCCGCAAAAAUGUCGACAACACGCACCUCGGAUUGUCGUAAAUUUUCACCAAAUAUCUUCAACAAAAGCAAAUGCAGCCAUUGCUUUCGUCAACGUGAGGAGCAUAGUGCUGCCGCCUUGGAAUGCAAUCGGGCUUCACGCAAGGUUUCGAAAUGUGGUUAUCUCUUCGUUGCGCCAGAUUGGGACUUCAGCAAUCCGCUAUAUAGAACAAAGAGAUGGCAGCGACGAUGGUUUGUCUUAUACGAUGACGGCGAACUAACAUAUUCGGUGGAUGAACAUCCCGAAACUGUGCCACAGGCCUGCAUCGACAUGACCAAAGUACUCGAAGUCGCCAUGGCUGAGGAUGUUACGGGCCAUACCAAUUCGAUUGCUAUCACCGCCCCGGAUCGGGUUACAUUUGUGAAGGGCACAUGUCCUGAAGAGUCCAAGUGGUGGCUCAACAUAUUGAUCGCAUUUCCCAAAUCCAAAGGGCGCCAUAAACGCAAUGCCACAUUUCCAGGCGGUCAGGCGACUACAACGAUUUUGCAGCAAAUGAACACAGACGCUUAUAGUGCUGCUGCAGGCGUGCCGGCACGCAAUCGCCAUAAUUCAUACCACAAGGAUGCAUUGACGUCCGUGCAAUCGACCAGCGUGCUAAUUGGCAGUGGCGGCAACAAUGUAGCGCAACGCAAAGCCAACACCGUGACGACGACAAAGACGGCGGCGUCAUCAUCGUCGACGACGCGCACCAUUGACUAUCGCAAUGUUGCCGUUGAGGAUGAGGACGAUGAUGCGGAAGACGAAGACGAAGACGAAGAAGUUGAUGAUGACGAUGAUGAAGAUGAUGGCGUCGAAACAGGCGAGGACGAAGAAGAAGAUGAGAACGAUGGUGUUCAAGUUAGUGUGCGUGUUGCUGAUGAAGUGGACAGUGCCAAAAAGGAAACGCAGCAGGAUGACAAAGGUCGCAGUGAUAGUAAGGAGACCAACAGCAAAGUCUCAUCAUCAUGUCUACUCAUCGAGGAUAUCCGUCGCGAUGAGAAGACAUUCAAAGACAUCGCCAAUACUAUAACAAAUCUAAGUCACCAGAAAAAUCGCUGGUCCAACACAACUGUCAAUAAUGUACUCAAUAGUCAUCUGCAUCAUACGGCGGCGACGGCGCAAGAGAAAAUUUCGCAUGAUGAAACCGAUUACCAUCGACCAACGAACAAACAACAAUUACAGCAUCAUCAGCAGCAACAACAAAAACAACAACAGCAACAGCAACAAAAACAGAACAGUAUUGCUAGUUUGAGACCAAAGUCAUUGCCAUUGGCAGCAAAUUCCACGCCUGCCAUUGUUUCGGCCAUAGUCAAGAAGAUACCGCCAGUGUUAUCGACGUCCAACAGCAGCAGCAACAGCAACAGCAACAGUAAUAACAACACCAAUAAUAACCCCAAUAACAACAUUGUAACUACGACAAAUGAUAGCAGCAAUAAGAACAGCAAUAGUAUAAAUGAAAUUGGAAAAGGGGUUGGUGGUGGCGUUGCUGGUCUGGGCAGUAAUAAGUGCAAAUCUAGUCCACGAUUGCAAUUGCAAUUGAAAAAUCUACAACAGAAACACGAAAGCAAUCAACAUCGCCAACAACACUUGCAACAACCUAAGCACCACCAUCAACAGCAACAGCUACAUCACAGGCAACAGCAGGCACACGAAAGAGGCGAUCCGGAUGGCGGCUGUAAUCUUGACGAUCUCUGCACCAACUACUUGGCCAAGACGGCGGAGUUACGUGUCAAUCUGCCUGCUGAGGAGUCACUCAACGCUAAAAAGGGUUGGUUAAUGAAGCAAGAUAACCGCACGGGUGACUGGACGAAGCAUUGGUUCUCGCUGAGCGGUGCGGCGCUUUUCUACUAUCGUGACCCGGUGUCGGAGGAGCGUGGCGUGUUGGAUGGCGUGUUGGACGUGAAUAGUUUGACGAAUGUGGCGGAAGUGAGCGCCAGCAAGAGCUAUGCCUUUCAGCUGACGUCUUGGGAUCAACGGCGCCUCAUCUUGGCAAGUCUUUCGCCCAGCUCACGCAAUAGUUGGAUCGCCAUUUUACGAAAUAUCGCUGGUUUGUCUGCCUUGCUACCGACCAAUAGUGCGGGAAACAAUAGCGCGCCACUCACAGACGCCGAUGUGCUGCCAACAGUGGAGUUGGUUAUCAAAGACGACGCCGGCAAUACAAAUAUGAAGAGUGAAAUUGAGAAGGACUUUAUUAACGCGCAACGCAAUAACGAAUUACAGAAAAAGCCAACAGCAACGCCCAAGCACCAAGCCGCCCACCAUCAGCACCUGUCCGAAACUAGUCCACCCUCCACACCACAGGUACUGCUACAACCUGCCAGCACUCCCUCUGCCAAAGUCGUUAAUGCGACCACCACGCCCUCUACUCCAAAGUCUGCACAUUUCUCUUCGGACGAAGAGUAUCGCACUGCCUCUGAAGGCGGUCGCCGCGACAGCGUUGAUUGGGGCUCGCCACUCUCACCUUCCCCGCCCAUCACAACUUCGAUACUACGAAAUCGCGAGCGCUUAUAUGCGCGCUCUCUAACCACAACGAGCACAAGAUCACACAAGCGCAGCCAUUCUUCACCACCAACGUCGCGUCGUAGCACCGUGGAUAGCGUUGGUUCAGAUGAGCUUUCACCGCCACCUGCAAUGCAUCCAGUUCAAGAGGAACUUAACAUCGACAAAGAGUUGCAAUUCCGUCUCAGUGUGGCGGAGAAGGAGCGUAAUAUGUUGCGCGACGAAGCCAAAGAGCGCGAAACGCGCAUGUCUGAGUUGCUUACUACAUUAGAGCGUACCGAGCAGCAGUUAAAUGCGCGCUUGCAAGAGAUGGAAGCUGUACGCGAUAAUCUAACAUCGCAGUUGGAGGAAACCAAACGCAAUGCGGAGGAAAUUGUAAGUCGGUUGACGGAGGAGUUAGAAGAGAGCCAAAAGAAGAUCAAGGGCCUGGAAGAUCGGCUGGCAAGGGGUAUCGAUGAAAACGAAGCACUGUACAAGCGCGUACACGAGCUGGAAGGCAGCAGCUUGAACAGCUUCAGCCAGUUAAACCGUGCUAAGCUUAAGCGCAUGGAUUCGCUGAGCGACCUUACACAAAUUGGUGACAUUGACCCAUUUGUAUUGGAGCGCGAUAUGCUCGCAGAUGAGUAUAAUGAGUUGCGUACGCGGUUUGAGAAAGCCGUUAACGAGAUAAGGGCAAUGAAGCGUGAGUUGAAGCAAUCACAAAAUCAAUUUGAUUCGCUUGAAAUUUCAUAUACGUCACUCAAGCAAGAUCUCGAGCGCAAAGAGCUUGAAGAUCGUGCACAGGUGCAAAUGAUGGCUGCGCGCAUACAAGAUUUAACGCUGAAGUAUAGCAGCUCAGAGAGACAGGUGCGCACGCUAAAGCAAAAGAUGGCUAAGUCGGAGCGCAGGAGAUCGCUUUCGUUGAAGGGCAAGGAGCAGUUGAGCAUACCUAAAGAACUGGAGUUGAAGGUCUGCGAAAUAGAAGCCAAAAUCGAUGAAAUGGAGAAAUUCACUAAUGCAAGCUCAGAAACGAGUCGUUCCGUUUCAAAGAAAUCUUCAAGGAGGCGUUCACUCGAGAGCAAUGCCAGCAAUAGCGACCCGCUGCAGUUUAUGUUACGUUUGAAUGAUUUGGAAAAACGUUUGGAGGAUAAUUCAGUGGCGGGUUCCAUUAGCUCCUCAUCUACGCCCUCUUGCAGCACGCCGACCAUCGACAGUGCAACGCGAAACUCCUCCAAGGUCUCUGAGCAUUUAUUAGACCGUCUGCGUUGUCUCGAAAGCGUUUUAGUUACAAGUCGAGAUCGCGUUGAACAAAGUCUUCACCAGCUACAAAACCUGCGCUCUUCACACAGUCGUCGUUCUGUCUCACCCAUCACCGAUCGCAAGGAUUCAUAUCGCUUCGUGGAGCGUUGCCUUAGCGAGGUCGUCAAGCUAAUACGUGAGUCCUGCGAAACCUGCGUUAUAAGCGGAAGCGGCGAUAAAAACACGGUGCCUAAUGUCAUGCUGCUGCCUGAUUCAAAUCCAGUGAAGAUAGCGCUUACCCAACUCGAGUCACAGCUGCGCACUAAACUCGCAGAACUACUUAAGCAGCGUCGUGUUCUGCGCGAGCGAAACGAGCUGACCGAACGCAAGAAUAUGGAAUUAUUAGCUGAGCGUGUUGCAUUUGAAAGUGUGUGCUUUGGAAAACUACGCGACUCGGUUAUGCGCGCCGAAAACCCGGAGCUCUUUGGUGAGCGGCAAACGCGAGCGGAAGUAGCGGAGACAUCGCAUCUAGUAACCAUGCUUAAAGCGAAGCUGAGCGGUAAGUGUGCGCUCAAAUCGAGUGGCACCAUCGACAUACUGGCGGGUGUAUUAGCGCGUAGAUUGAUGCUAUCCAAUUACCGUAAAACGACUACAAGUAGCAAAGAGUCGUUCGACCCUAUCGAUCAGAAUAUUAUGGAUGAUCUGCUCAGGCAACAGAAUGAAAUCAAUUUGAUCGCUAAGCGUUACAAAAAUAAUGUAAUGGAAAAUCUAGCCAGCGGAUUGGCCGCAGAGACACUGAGCUAUAUUUCUUCGAAUGAUUUAGUGCAGGGCGCUGUUCAGGAAGCCUGGCGGCAGGCGCAAGAAACAGUCAACGCCGAGCUCGUGCAGUCUGAGAUUGCGCACAUUAUGCUACGUAAUGCAGAGCGCUUUGAGCAAUCGCUUACACCUUCUUUUGGUUUUACGCUCACAGCGGAAGAGCGGCUAUCAUUCGAGAAAUUCGCCGAUGCUGUGCACGAUGCGCUGCGCAAAGAGAUGGAGUUGGCGGUUGCGCAGCUAACACAGUGCUACAAAGAGGCCAUACAGAAAAUGAAACGCGGUCAGUGGCGGCUUCAGUUGGAACAAGAGCGUAAGAUUUCUGAAGGUCGUCAGUUGUUACCCGAUUUCGCAGACAUAAUUGCUCACAAAGCCCUCGUAGACGCACGCAUUGCAGUCCUGCGCGGUGAAUACGUCGAACAGCAGCUUGCUAAGGAGAAUACCAAUCUUGUUCAGAGAGAGUCUGCUAAGCAACCAAACCAAAUCGGCAUUACUGCCCUACAACGAUACGAGAGCCUCUUUGAAGAGCUUUCAAGUGACUUGCAAAUCAAUAAUCCAGCCGACAUACUAGCCGAUGCCGACUUCGAAUUCAUCUACAAACAGCAUACUAUCGAUUUCUUUAACGAACGCCAAGUUCUGUCUGAGAUCUCAACGUUUCUCAGUCAGUUGGAGGACUCGCUAAUCGCUUUGCAAUGCGAGGCUUCAGCAUCCGCUUCCACGACAUCCAUGCCACGCUCGACCAUCUCCAUUGAAAGCUUACAGGAUGUUUGCCACAAAUGCGGUGAUUUACGGCAGCGUGCCGACCAACUCUGCCAGGAGAUACACCGCGCCCUCAACACGCCUUGCCAGCAUUGCCGACAGGUGCAUGAAAAAAUGUUGCGCCUUCAACAACAGCACGAAAGUGAGAUGAUACAAUUGCAGCAGGCGCAUGCCAAAGAUAAAACCACUUACGUUCAACAGCUUGAAAAUCAAUGUAACGCUUUCAAGAAGCUCGAGGCUGAGAAGGAUGCCAUCAGCGCAGAACUUCAGCGCUGUAAUGAAUUGUUGGAGAUGCGAGCCAGUGAACUGGCAAGAGUAAAUGAGAAAUUGCACACCAAAGAGCAAGAGUUACGUGGCAAGCAGGGCGAUCAAUUGUCAUUGUUGCGACGAUUCGAAGAACAAGCGGAGCAAGUGCGCGCUCACAAAGAGGAAAGCAAUGCGUUGGUGGAAAAAUGUGCUCGUCAGGACGAGGAAUAUGCCGUGCUGCUACAGGAGCGCGAUUAUCUACAGUCCGAACUGAACAAAGAGAAAGAACGCAGCAGGCGUUUCGAGCGGCGGCUGGAAAUGUUAGAACUGGAGCAUAGUAAACAGCUGGAGUGCCUGCAAGAAACAUACCGUGAUCAGUUAAUGGCGCAUUCACCCGACUUUAGCAACGUAACUACCGAUGAUGAGAGCUUCCGGCAACGCUAUCAAGCGGAAAUUGAGCAGCUUCGGACGUUAUGCGAAAAAGGACUCUCGGCUAUGGAAUCUUCACAUAGGCGCAUUGUUGCCGAUUUGGAGGAGAAACAUCGGCAAGAAAUGGAGGGUUUGCUAUUGGAGAAGGAGACUGCCUUAGCUGAAGAGACACAAGCCACCUUAGCUGCCUUGGAUGCUAUGCGCAAAGCACAUCAAAGCGAAGUACAACGCGAGGUGGCGCGCUUCAAGCAGGAGUUCUUGAAGCAAUUUCAAAAGGGCGAACAUUCCGCCUAUACUGCCAAAGCAAAUGAAGAGGAGCUUGAAGAGCUGCGACGAGAAAUUUUAUCUUUUUCCGAGAAGUUUUCUAUAAAAUGCGUGGAAAAUGCUUCAUUGGAAGAAAAGUUGCGAAGUACAACGCAAAAGUUAAAGCAUUUGCAGCAAAUGCAACAGCUGGAGUUGAGAAAUAAGCAAUUUCGGGCACAUUUGGCUUCAGAGGAUCCCUCAACAGAUGCAAAAUUCGUGCAAGGUCUAUGCUCAACCAAGGAUGAUGGUCUUGCAUGCGAAGACAGCGAGCAAAUAUCGCAUGCGCAUGUUGUGUUGCAUGAUCGUGUCGAUGAAAAUGCAGCCGAUGUAGUAGUGACGUCAACACAUAAUGCGCCAUCCACAUGUACAAUUCCACUUACUAUUGGCGCGGCAAAUUCAACAGCUGCCUCAGCUUGCUUUGUAGAGCCGCCAUCUACAACGUCUGUGACCAAAACAUUCACUUCGAUUACAUUGGUUAAUAGAGAAUCACAAAAUAUUGAUUACAAAAUUCAAGAUCAUGAUGUUGCUGGGCAUAGAAAAGUUAUUUGUGAUGAUGAACUUAAUAUCGAUAACAAUGACAAUGGUGAUAAUGAUGAAUUGAAUGCCAAUUACUAUACAUAUGAGCCGUGUUAUAAGCAAAGUAAUUUGUAUUAUUUUCAAAGUAGGCUGAGUUUUGAAGGUUUAAAAUCUUCCACAUUCGGCAAGAAACUGCGAACAACCUCAAGAAAAUGUACUUUGAACGCCAAAAGUGAGCCACCUACAGAAAUAGCUGCGUCGAAAUCGUCACCAGCAUCAUCAAACAGCGUGCCAAUGGACUCAGCAAUAUCUCUAAAGCCAAAAGCAGCUAUAAAAGCACCAAAAUCGAGCACAGAAAGCGGCGAAGAGCAAGUUCAGGUGCUCGAUGGCAGUUCAUAUGGUCAAAAUCAGCGAAACCAGUCGCAAAUUUGUCAAAGCAAAGAUAAUUCCAGCUUCCAGAAACAAGAAGAAGAUGAAGAAGUUCUUUGCAUGUCAAUGCAACAAUGCCAACAACAAUCGAGAUACGAAGAACAACAAUUUGGAACGAUGGCUGAUCAGCCAGCGACUGUUGCAGUUGGCACAGCAAAUACUAACAAUAGUCACAAGUCAGAAAUGGUAAUAACCAUGAGAACAAAAACAACCGAUAGAGAAGAAAUACGAGCAUUAAAUUUAUGCCAGGAAAACAAACCCUCUUCCUCAAGAAUAAUAACAACUUUAACAACAACAAAACCAGUGGAGCAACCAAAGAUUUCUAGUGCUAAUAAAAAUAUUUAUAAUCAUAAUUAUAAUUCAAAUAAUAUCAACAACAAAAACAAUUCUAAUAUUAGCAAUACAAAUACAAAUACAAAUAUUCAUAAUAAAAAUGCUAAUGAACAAAGUAAUAAUAAUAUUAAUAUAAAUAAUCUUAGUGGAAUUAAAUGUAGUAGCAACAACAACAACAACAACAAUAACACAAACAGCGACAGCAACAGAGCAGGAGCAAGCAGAUGGAUGGCGAAGCUGGGAAAAAGCAAUGAUGUAGCGACAUGCAGGCAAACUGUAGUACCAGCAACAAAUGCGACGCACAUUGCAACUACAAAAACCACAAGAAUUGCAACAUCGGCCCCAAAGCUGCGAGAUGGCCAAAUGUGCAUAGCCGAGCGCAAUGCCAUCAAUUUAAAUAGUUUUACAGAGUUUGUACGUAAAACAACAACAACUGCAAACGAUUCGCUGCAAGCCGCAGCUAAAACAAACACAAAAACUAAUUUUGACCGAAAAGAAACUGCCGAUUACAGCGCCGACAAUGACAGCGACAGCGGGGAAGAUGAUUGCGAGGAUGACGAUGAUGAUGUUGGUGAUGAUAAGUGGCCACAGCAGCAACAGCGAGAACAACAGCAGUAUGCCGAACACAGCAAGAAAAAAAAUUCGUUAAAAGAAAAUAGCCGCAGUGCAUACAACUCAACUACAGCAGUGUUGGAGAGGCAUUCGCACGUACCCAAUCCCUUUUGUUCACCCACUUCCGGUUCGAGCGGAAGUGAUGUUGUUGAGCAGACGAAAUGGUCCAGACCAACGAAAACGGCGACGCCGAUGCCGAUGCCGACGCACACCCCAACAUCGACAAGGCCGACAAGUGCGAUACAAAAGCAAUUGCGACGAUUCGAAUUGGAAAUUUAGCAACUGGCUAUUUUUUCCCCCCAUAACAGUUAUAGAUAUAUGUACAUUUUUACAUAAAUGCAUAACAAAUGAUAUUUAUACAUACAUAAUUGAAAAAAAUUUACUCAAAAUAAUUAGAUAUAUUCUAAUAAUAUUGGAAUAUUCUAUGUAUGCCAAACUAUAAAAUACAGAUAUUAAAAAACCGAACUAGAAACAAUUUUAGAAAAAUUUCGGACUUAACUCAAUAUUAUUAGCAUCCAAUUUGCCAAAAUUGCUUACAUUGUGUCAUUUUAAAUAAUAUAUUGAAUGAAAUUGAAUUAGCGAGUUUAUAGCAGAGGAAUUAAAUUAAAUUAAAAAAAUAUCAUAAAAUUGCUUAGUCUUACGUGGAUUAAAAUUUUCAAAGUUUUGCCGUUUUACAAGGAUUCAAAAGUCCAAAAGAACCUUAAAAAAUAAACUAAAAUAUUUUUAAACGUUUCUGCAAUUGAAAAAUAAUAUAAAUAAUGCAAUGAAAACUGCUUAUUUUACAAUCAGAGUUUAUCCAAUGGCCAUUACUAAAAAAAAAUUUUUGUUUUAGCAGCCAAAACGUUUAACCUUUUCACGGCCUGGCCGCACUUUAGAAACUAUUUCCAGCAUUUAUAUGUACAUAUGAACAUAAGUAUGUAUGCACGUAUGAAUGUAGUACACAUGCCAUUUCUGCUUGUUUUUGAAACAAUAGAUUCUGAAAUAAAAGUCGUUUUUUUGUGUUUGUUGUAUACUUUUCAUUUAACCGAAAUAUAAUAGGACUUUAUCAUUUCAUAAAAAUUAUUUACACAAUUUAUAUUAAUAUUUAUUUUAUAUAUGUAUAUUGUGUAUUUUA